UGUGAAUAGCCACUUGGGCUCAAGUGCAGUCAAGCGACUCUCUGACCAGUGCGCAUUAGGCAGUUGUCCUUGCCUCUCCACUCGUUGCAAUGGGCUCUGGUGCAUCAUCCUCUGCUGUACAAUCCGUGAAGGACGCGAGUGCGGAGGAAAUCAGUGCGGUUGUGGGAGAGCUGUCCGCUGAGGACAGGGAGAAGCUCCUCGCCGCACUCGAGAGGGAGAAGCUUCGCGCCGCACCCCAGGUCGGCUCCGGCAGCGGCGCGGGCCUGGUCGACGUCUCCUCGCUCACGAAGAUCGCCAAGGAUGACCUCGGCCUCCUGCCGCAGCCGGCCGCCCCGAAGUUCAAGGGCGCGGUCAUCCAGAUCUACGUGCGGGACCAGCCCUACGGCGGCGCUGACAAGAGCUCCAACGGCCACCGCUACGACUCCGUUCCGUUUGCCAACGGCAUGAUCAUGGCUGGCAUGAGCUGCCAGCUGAUCCACUACGUUCACCAGGAGCACGACAAGUUCUUCGAGGUUGCCGCCAAGUUUGACUUCCUCAUCGUCCGCUGCAACCCGGGCCAGAUCAAGGCCGACGGCGGUGACCAGCAGAAGUUCGAUGACGCCAUUAUGGGCCUGCGCGCGAAGGGCAUCCAGGCCUGGCCCUCGCCGACCGUGAUGGAGAAGAUGGGCGCCAAGGACGCCCUCUGCAAGAUCGCCAAGCUCAACAUCGGCCUCGAGGACACUCUGGCGUACUACGACGAGGAAUCGUUUGCGGCGGGCUUCAAGAAGACCAUGGCCUUCCAGCCGCGCGUGAUCAAGCAGAACCGCGGCUCCGCGGGCGAGGGCAUCUGGAUCAUCAAGCUGAAGGAGGGCAACUACUGCUCGACGUUCGGAGAGCGCAGCUGCGAGGACGGCGAGGUGCUGGACAUGAUGGAGGCCAACGACAACCAUGCGGAGGAGCACACCGUGGGGGAGUUCAUCGAGUUCUGCGUCAAUGGCCGCACCGACAAGUCCGGCACGUGGACGUCCCAGGGUGUGGGCAAGUACCUGGAGGGUGGCAAGGAGGCUGGAGGCCAGCUUGUGGACCAGCGCUUCUGCCCCCGCAUCGUGGAGGGCGAGCUGCGUUACAACUGCAUCGGGGGAGUCCUCGUCGGCAUCAUCCACAAGAAGCCCAAGGAGGGAGGAAUCUCCGCCGUCGGCGGCACGGGCUCCAUUUACACCUACUACGGCCCGGACGAGGUCAAGUUCGCAAACCUCACCAAGAAGUUCCUGACGGACGACCUGCCGCUGGUCAUGCCCGCGCUGGGCCUCGCAGAGGAGCCCAUCCCGCUCUGGUGGACCACUGACUUCAUUCUCGCCUCGCCCGAGGGCACGCCCGCUGAGGAGGAGAAGUGGAUCGUGGGCGAGUUCAACUGCUCGUGCGUCGGCAUCUCCAAGUGCCUUGCGGCGUACUGCAAGGACGACACCCCGGAGGCCAAGUUCACCGACAUCACGGGUGAGGACAUGGAGGCCGUGAACGACUACGCCAAGAAGCUUGGCGAGGUGGCCCUGAGCAUUCUGGACAAGGCGAAGGCUUAGCUGGACCAGGUGACGCAGGUAUAUGCGCAAUACAUUGCUCGUGCGUGUGCUUCAUUUGACCUGGUGGGUGUGGCGCGGCCGGUUUAGCCGGGCACAACACGUUCCCAUUCCUUUGGUGUGGUCGGCACCCGCUCAAUAGACCUGCGCUGCAGUUCUGCGGACGUUUGCCGCAUCAGAGCCGCGCGCUUGAGGUUGGCCUUUCAGCCUCGAAGUAUUCACGUUUUGAAAGCAGUUUUGUCCAACAGGCGGCACAGUCUCAUUUAUUUUGGAUAUGCGGCCAUCCCUGUCCAACUGGGGGUCGCCGCCGAUGGCAGGGAUCUUCAAGAAUCGGAGCUCGGACAGUGACUUCGAGGCCCUAGCAGGCGGAGUUUGAUUCGGACUCCGAAAGCCACGGUCUGAGUUCGGAGAAGCUGGGGUCGUCUUUUUGGGUCGCCGCCCAUCCUCUGAGAUCCCAUCGGAGUUUGAUGGGCGGGUCUGGGUCCUGCUUCACGGUACCGCCGGCUUUGAUUAGCAUGCCGUUGCUUGUUCAAGACGCGGGUGCCAAGAUUUGUUUCGCUGCCUGGCAGCGCGAGGUGGUUGACCCUCCGAGAAACA